AUGCCAUCCAAAGGCGUACUUUGUUACUCUUACAUCGCAGUCGAAGGCGUCGAGAUCGACUUCACUGUCCCCAAGAACUCAAUCACGAAGCGGGACCAACAACAGUUCGGCUGCGACCAUCUCGAAGUGGAGUCCUCCAACCUUGGCCACUUCAAGUUCACCGGACGCUUCGAGUUCAUCGUCCGCCGAGAUGAUCGUGAGCUAGUGAAGCAAUGGGUCGACGUGAACAGCAUGACAGGAGGUCUUAGUGAUGGCACCAUGAGGACUAUGGAUGAGACUCCCAGCAUCUUCACUGAAGACCUGAUCGUCGCAUACGGCUUCUAUGACGCUGGACCGGGCCUCGCAGCCCUGCCGAAACAGCACCAAUGCUAUGUGACAGUAACCCACAACUACGAGAACUGGAUGCGCGAUACUAUCCCGCCAGAUAGCGACAUCGCCAACAAGCCCUUCAAUCGCAUGGUGCUCCCUUCUUCCCACGACAUCGGCAUGAACAGCAUGAGUACUGCAAUGACACUCCUCGAGAAAGCAGGAACCGGCGUCAUCAAAGAAGUGCUCGGCCGCUCGCUCCCGCGCGCAUUCGACAUCAUCAACAAAGUCGGCGACAGGGGCGUCAACGCCAUCGCGCCAGACAUCAUCCGCGCGCUCGCCGUGACGCAAAAAGACAGCCUCGAAACCAUCCUCAAGCUCGGCGCACGCUACUUUGAAUUCCGCCCUGCCAAAUGCCACCGCCAGAUCCAAGCCGUCAGUUCGCUGGAAGACACAUGGUACUUCCAGCACGGCGCGAUCCCAGGGAUGCCGUACGCGCAGUUCCUCGCCGACAUUGUGCAAUUCCUCUGCGAGCACACCGACGAAAUCAUCGUCGUGCAAAACCGCUGGGACGGCGUCCCGUCCGAGUGCCCCCGACCCAACGACGACGAACUACGCGACGUCCUGAACCAAGUCCUCACCGACCACCCAGACCUCACCGCUGGCACAGAAGACGACAUGAUGCACCUCAGCGUGCGCGACCUACGCGACUCGCACAAACGGCUCAUCCUCCUGCGCGACACAAACCAAGUCUCCAACUACGACGACGACGCAAACGCCACGCUCACCGGCGACUCCAUGGUGUCCAAGCUCCAAUCCAUGUCCGCGGCCCCUCCGUCAGGGCAUCCAAUAACGCUGCUCCAAUGCCAAGCGACAGCGACGAACAUCCGCGACGUCAUCAUCGCGAGCGUGCUCGACAGCGACGUGAGCACGAGUCCGAUCCUCGCGACGAAGCCCGUGUGCGACGCCAAGAUCCUGCCCUUGUUGCGCGGGGAGUGUGGACGCCGUCUCACGAGGGAGGAGAGCGUGGUGGUGCUGUUGAAUGACUUUUUCGAUGGCGCCACCGCCGACACGGCGCUUUUGCUUUGUCGCCAGAGCAUGGCUUGA